AUGUCAGGUCUUACACGGUUCUCAUCCGUGAUCUCAGGCUCAAGUGCGCUCUCGCUGUCCACCUGGGUCUAUCUUUCUGACUGGAUCCUAGCGCUCAUUCUCGGACUAGGGUUUGUCUUUUACUUUCCGAGACUAGUAGGAUUCGUCUUGUCAUUCUUGCUCCGCCUAUUAGUGUGGAAGCGAUAUCAUACCCGUGUCACCUUGGAAGCUCUCCGUGUAUCUCCAUUGGGUGGCCGUAUCACUGCAAGGAAUGUGGUCUUAUCCACAUCUGACUACACCAUCUCCAUUGCUCGCCUCAACCUAACAUGGCGUUACUGGUUAUUCCGAGUCACUCGAGUAUCCAAGUAUUUCAUGGCCAUAGGCCAGGACUCGCCGGGUGAAGAAACAGGUUUGACGCCUGAAGACAACACGAAGCUCCCGACGAGCAUUGUGUUACUAUUAGAUGGCGUGGAGGUCUUCAUGUACAAUAGAAGUGUGUCCUACGACAAUAUCGUUCAAGCAUUGAAGAAGUCGGAGACCAGCGAGAAGGAAUCCCUGUUCCGCUAUUCCUCGUCGCUGGGUGACUCGCUGUCCUCGGGCACUUACCCAAAACGUGAGUCUCUGUCUUCUUCAGGUGAUAACGACAUCUCUGUUGCUUCCAACCCGCUAAAUUUCCCCAUGAAUUUACUUCCAAUUCGUAUUCGAAUCAAAAGGGGUGCAUUUGUUGUGGGAAAUCCUACUACACCAUCCAUAUUGGUUGCGUCUUUCAAAAAUGGAAAUGCCAUUCUAGAUGUAUCCAAAUCUCCAUGCAUACUUGAUAAAUAUCGUACUUCACUCGAUAUUACCAUGGACAAGUUCCAGGUCUCGUUGAAACCAAACAUCUCAUAUGAUCCUCUAAGAUAUACCCUGGAGACACCUGCUGGUCAGGCUACCAAGAAAAAGUCUACCACCUCCCACCAUGACUAUCUCCUCAGAAUUAGGAAAAUGGUGGAUAGGAUCUUGCCAGGCAAGAAAGCCUCUCACCUGGAGAAUCCCUUUGCACCUACAGGCUGGCGUGGAUUAAGAAGAUACAUCGACGAUUUUGAUGAUGAAAAAGUCGUGGAAAUCAGCGAUAUCGAAGAGUACGCAAAAUACAGUUUGGUGCUAGAUACAGCAUCUACCCAGCUUACUUAUUUCUAUGACGUUCCUGGCGUAUUUCCUCCUGAUUCCUCAGACGAAGCUGUCAACUAUACGGCACCUGAAUUUGGUGUUGACUUAGUUUUCUCUAUGGCUACCAUUCACUACGGAUCCUGGGCUGAUAGACAGCGUGGUCCUAUCCAAACGAUGCUAUUCCCUCCUUUGUCUAGAGACAGUGAACCUUCUAAAGUUUCCACCAAACCUGGUUCACCAAGAGGAUACGCUGGAUUCAAACUCUGCAUUUUCACUAAAGACGAGAUUAUUUUUCGACUCCCAACUCGUGAGUUGAGCAAAGAUAAGGAAAUUUUGACAACAACGGGCCACCGCCAGCAAAAGAUUACUCGACCCUUUGGUUGGAUCGAGCUCAAACUUAGAGAAAACUCCAAAAUUUCUUCCUUUACCUCGUACCUAGCAAAUCCAUCAGGCUGGCCAAAUACUCUCUCUGUGUAUAUGGACAGACCGGAAGCUAGGACUUCCGUUAAUCAUGACAUAAUGUUCUCUGCUGAUGAACAUAUACUUGACUGUGAUAUUGGGUUUCCGUUGGAGUGGAAUGGCAAGUGUACCUGGAAAUUCAAGAACAGAACAAAAAGCAUCAGAUUCUUUCUUUUGAGAGAGCACAUUUCAUUGAUGACAGACGUCGUUGCAGAUUUCUCGUCUGGAGACCCCGUGCCCUAUGAGUAUUAUCGGAAAUACGUGUACUUGUUGAAUUGGGAAAUGCUUGAUUAUAAACUUUUCUUCAACGUGAAUGACCACAACAUCAUCAAUGAUGCUUUGGAUUUCAACAAUAACAAAUAUCUUUGUUUCCAAGGUGAACUGCUUCGAGUAGAAUCAGUGAUUCCACUAAACGGGCCAUUCUCGAAGAGCACUAAAGUUGACUUCAAGAUUUUCACAACUUCUCUUGAUUUGUUUUUAAAGGUUCCUACUUGGCACACUGUCAGUGCCUUCAUGAAAGGAAACAAGAAAAUGGGUUCUACAGAUGCAUUCGAGAUUGCUGGUUACUACCAAUAUUACAAUGCUGUUGAGGUUGAUCACAACAAUUUCGCGGUUAUCAACGCAAUUGGUGAUAACAUAACUAUGUUAUUUUACGGAUACUUUAUCAGAUAUCUUUUUACACUCAGAGAGAAUUAUUUUGGUGACUUCAAAGAUUUCAAGACUUUUGAGGAGUAUACCAAUGGUCAAGCAUUUGCCGCUUCUGAGGAUUCUAAUGCCAGCACUGUUUCAGGAGAAUUUGAAAAAGUACCUGAUUAUUGGAACAUUCUCAAAACUGAAAAUGAUUUGAAUGUGCAUUUCACCUUCCUGGCACGCAAAGGUUUGAUUAUUUUGCCUUGUCAAAUUUAUGACCAUGCACAUCAUAUUGGCUUAUUGUUUGAUCAUUUAGAUGUCGACAUUCAUUUGACGCACUUUUACAUGGAUAUGCAAGCAGACUUCAGCACCGCGUUCGGGUACUACUUCAUGCCCGAGCAGUUUCCUAACAAAGACCUCAUUUGGUCCAUUCCUCAAUAUGAAGAGUCCUCCAAGCUAAGGAAGCCAGAUAUAACAUUCGACGGAUUCAGCGUUCACACCCAUAGAAUGUUUGGUUUAGCACCUGAUUUGUUGACUUACCAUUGUAAGUGGGAUUUCGCUAGUGACACGAUAAGAAUUGAGGGUGAGCCAGCUUGUCUCACGGGAUUAAAAGCAAUGUUCUCUGAUUUUGUCUUAGGCUUCAAGGACCUCGAGAACACUCUCAUUUAUCAUAUUCCUAUCGUCUAUGACAUGGCUAAUUUUAGUUUCAGGUGCCCCGAAAUAUCGAUGAAACUAGCAACUGGGGUCCAGAACACAUUUUUUGAGGUUUGUUUGAGCGACCUACUUAUUGGAUUCAAUGAUAUUGCUAACCAGCGAUAUUCAGACAGGAUUACUCUCUCCAUUCCAGAAAUUUUUAUGAAAGUGGUUAAUGAAACACAGGGCAUUUUACAUCAGGGAUCCUUGAAGACAUCCUUGACAUUAACUGACAUCUGCCAAAAAGCUAAUAUGCUCGAGCAUCGUCAAAAUCAGCAGAUGUAUGUCAGGAAAAAUGAUGCACCAACUCACCGUAUUCCAUUCAACUUAUUCAGUCAGAAUAAAAACAAUGUCUACUUAGAUGCUUUGGGUUCAUUGUUUGCAAGUGUAUCACUUCCGAAGGGUUCAUUUCCUUUAACUAAGGAAUACACAAGUUUGCAUUCGGAAUAUGAAUCUUCUAUUGAUCUAGACUCAGAUGAUGCAUCACUUUUGUCGUCUAAUGAAAUGGGAGAGGAUGAGGAUGAGGACAUAAGUCCUACAACUAAUUACCGUAAUGAAGAUUUCUGCCCUCAAACACCUCACAUUCCCGGAUUAAAACAUGAUACUUUUGUGUUGGAGUUUGGUGCAAUUGACGCAUUUAUAACGCCCGAAGGUACGAGCUCCUUGGGCUCGUUAAUGACAGGUUUCCAAAACCUCGACUUGCAAUUCCUUAUUGACAGAUUGCAGGUUGAAACUGUGAAGCAUCUUAAGAUGCUAAUUUUACCAGUAUCCAUGGUUGACAAUGUUAGGUUUGUGUGCCCAACGAUAAAUUUAAAGGUCGUUGAAAAGAGUCUUACAACGCCUGAUCUGGUUCUCUGUACAUCUCCCACGGUACCUGCAAUUUCAAUUUCUGUCUUGGAACCCUCAAUUGCAUUCUCUAAAAUCACACAAAGAACAAGAGAAGGUUUCACGCUUCGUGAAGUCAACUCAGUAACGUUUGCACUUCAUGUGAGAGAGAUUUAUAUCUCAGCGCACGAUCCUGACUUCUUUGGAUCACCGUUGACAGUCCAUGUGAGUGAUAUUGAAUCUUGGGGAACUAAAGAUGGUACAGCGGGGCUAGUGGUAUCAGGUUCUAUUAAAAAGCUUGAAACUUUCGCAGAGAGUACUCGUUUGGAGUGGACGUUGCGAUUCUUGGAUCUGAUUGAAUCAUUGUUAUCAGUUUCUAUCUCUAACAUGAAAAGCGCACUUAAAGCUGCUGAUGUUUGGAGGAAGGAAUUGAUCCACAUGUUAACAUUGGCAGCCAGGGAUGCAAACAUGCAACACGAUCCUGGUGUGAUUACAAAACCUGCCACAAUUCUUAAAGCUUGCGAUGAUCACGUCAGAAUUUACGAUAGUUGGAAGUUGAUUACUAAACUCAGGAGUAUCUUGAAUAAUUUAGCGAUCUACGAGGCAGAGAGAGACAGAUUUAAUUUGCGACAGUGGCGGAACCCUCCAGACGCACUUAAAGAGGUAAUUUCACUAUUUAGUAGCUGGCGUCCCUGGGAAGGAGACAUGGCUCAAAGAUCACAAUAUUUUCAUGCAUUAUUCGGAGAAAUUGAUACUGCCGUCGACAAGAACGUUAGAAUCAUGUUCAGCUUGAGGCAUGCAAUUACCAGGGUGAAUAUUGUGGGAAAUGAAAGUGACAUGAUUGCCUUACAUGGAGUUACCUCCAGCAUUUUUCACUUCGAAGCCCCCGAACUAAAUGCGCAGCAACCAAUCGAAAAGAUGAACGCUAUUAUCAAUAUAGAGGCCUUCGAUGGAGCUUUGAGGCCAACAGUGUUCAAGAUAAUGAAAACAGUCUCAACGUUUUUGGAGAAGAGGAAGAACACUUCCAAUGAUGUUUCAAGAUUACGGAAAGCACAAAGGGCUCCCGAAGUUGUCAAACUGAUGAAAUCGAUGUCGUUCCUCUUUCACCUCAGACUUGUUCAUUUGAGAUUCGACCUUCCACAUAUAUUCUGUGACUUUUACACUUAUGAUAACAUGUCCUCGUUUGAGCUUCACACCACAGAAAACUUUGACAAACAAAUGAGCGUGAAUUCACAGUCCAGUGAAUAUAGUAUCAGCUUUGGUGAGAAUGAUCACGAAUUUAUUGGGUUGUCUUUGCGAGAUCUCUGUCUUGUUUACUCAGGCUUACUCGGCAGAGUGGAUUCUCAAGUAUUGGAUGUGAAACUCGAUGAGCUUGAAUUCAAGAUCCUUGAAAGGGACGCUUCAUUAUGUCAAUUCCUUAGCAAUUUGGUUAACGAGGACUUGAAGGAGCUUGAGACCAUAUUUCCAUUUAGCCAGAACGUGUCUGCAACCCCUGUUGCGAAGACACUGAACGAACUUCCAAACUUCAAAUUAAACUUAAGUAUCGGCCAAAUCACUGCUCUAAUUGAGCUAUUGUAUCCAGCAAGGAUCCAUUAUUCUGCGCUCAAGUGCAGUUUUGCUUUCGGUCAUGAAAACGGAAACGUCUUCUUCAAAUACUAUCACAAAUCGGUCUUCAUGGACUUUUUCUUGCAUGAAUCACAAAUUUUGCAUUAUGAACAUUCAAGAAUGUUAGUACUGUCCCGCAUGAACUUGGAUGCUAAGUUGAAAUUGCUUUCAGGAGAAGUCGACUUGGGGUAUUUGAAGUUGACAAAUGGCCUGCUCGUGGGAACUCUUGAACUCAUCAUCAAACACGAACCAGCUCUUGAAAACAGGAUAAAAACACUUCUAGAGUUAGGAGAUAUAGUUUUCCCACCAAGAGAAACAAAGCUGCUAUCAGUGGAAAACACAACUACAAAAUCCAGUUACUUCGAUGAUCUAGCCCUUAAGUUGAAUGUGAACUUAGAGUAUUUCGGAUUUUCAACUCAUAAGGAUCGUUGUCGUUUCUCUCUUGAGUUCGAAGACAUCAGUUGGGUCUUUGCGAAUAUCAACCGAAGUAAUUUGGGACAAACUACACCAAUUUGGGGCGAGCUCACUAUUCCUUCUACAAGAAUCACAAUCGUGGACCCUCUGUUUUCGUUUGCUUUGUCAACUAUUUUGGACUUUAGUUUGGCCAUAAAAGUUCUAAACGACAAUACAUCAAAGAAAGAUGAACCUGCUCAAUCGUUGCAAAUUGAAUCACAACAUUUUCGGAUUUGUCUAAGUCCCCAGGUAUUAUUCAAGAUGGUCGAACUUGCUGAUGGCAUAAACAGGGUGUUAAAGAAGCACGAAAUGCUAAAGACUGAGGUAACAUACUCAGAAGCGAAACCUAAACAAGAAGACUUUAAUGUCUGUGAAGUUGAGAACCCGCAAAUUGAAGAUGAAAGUCUGCAGAAAAGUGGCCGUUUUCACUUUUCUUCUGUUCAUUUCCUCUCCUACAAUUUCUGCGUCGGAUGGCUUUUUGGCUCCACCCACAAGGACUACCCGGGAUUCAUUCUUGGCGCUGAAAGGGUUUUUGCUGUUACUAAAGCCGACUUAGGCAAGUUGACAUUAAUGGAAGGAUAUCUUUCUGUUGCGAAUGGAUCAACAACGACCAGUUUCUACAGUAUGCUGAGUGAGGUGGAUAGUCUUAAUCGCGCAUAUAUGCCACAUUUGCAAAUCAACUAUUUCCUGUCUGAUGAAAUUGGGUUGUGGAUCAAAAUCAUUGGAGAAGAAUUGGAUGUGAGAUUCAUGUCCAAUUCCAUAAGUUUGAUCGAGCGUGCCGUUCAGUCUGGGUCACAAGUUCAGUCGUACUUUGAACAGAGAACAAGAAACAUGCAGAAGGAGAAGAAUUUUACACCACCUUUCAAAGGGGGCUCAAAAGACUCAAUUGCAAAACGGAAAGGCAAGAGUCCGCUCAAUUUGAAGUUCAAGAAUGUGAAUAUUACGUCCAACUUUGCAGGUUCAAAGGUAUUCAUAUAUCGUUUGCAGGAGGAUAACUUGGAUAAUCCACCUUCAUUAUCUGUUCAUUCGCCUGCUGUACUGGCAGCUAUCAAUUACCAGCAUCAAAAGAAUCUGGAGAAGAAGCAUGUGGUCAAAGCCGAAAUUCUAUUGUCACCUUCUGACAAUACAUUGUAUUCAUCAUGUGUUCCUGUGUUGAUGGACUUCGUUGAUGCGUCCAAGCUGAUGUUUAGAUCUUCAAAGCCAAUCGCAGAAGAAUCUCCAGAAGUGACCGAGGCACUGAAUGGACAGCUGAAUGAAAAGUCAUCAGACAUGUCACGCAGUAUUGGAAACAUCUUGAAGGAAGUAAGUUUCCAUUUCGGUUUCAUUAUUGAGAAACAAAGGGUGUCACUUAGUUGUGAACCUACCGCCAAAGUUGCAGCCAUCGUUGAAUCUGAGGGUGGCUCGAUACACGGUUGUACUGGAUUGGAUUAUAACUCCAUUGAUGUCUUGAUUCAACUAAGCGGAAUUUCUGCAUCCUUACAGCAUAUAUAUUCUGACGAGAGAAGUGGCUCAUUUGAUAUCAAGAGUGUCUUGUUUUCAAGUUCAAUAACUUUUGAGCCAGACUUGAAUGUGGUCUCUUCUGUAAGCAUAAGUGAUGUUUCUGCUUAUGUGAAGAUGAAACAGUACCAAGAUGUGGAUUUGUUCAAGGACAUUUGGUAUCCAAAGAAAUACCAAUUUUCACAAAUGAGUUCUGAUACUCCAUCAGAGAAAUCGGUACAAAAAAGUUCUCAUGCCAAAUUCAGAGAGGUAUCUUCAACUUACGCCAUUCCAGUUGCACUCACUUUUAUUCUUUCGAACAUAUCACUUGAGUUUGACUUUGGCGCAGCUUUGGGAAUCAUUAUUCUUGAUCUUGAUAGGGCUUGGGCAACUUCAAGAAAAACUUCCAGUUGGUUCUACGAAUUUCAAUUUGGUUGCCAGACUUUAGUUGUUGGCAGUGAUGGCCGUUUGGGAGGAUACUUAAAAAUUGAAAAGCUCUUUCUCAAUUCUGCAAUCGAAUGGAAAUUCGAAGAGCUACCAUACUUGGACAUUCCUUUAGUACUUUUCGCUGCUGGAUUUGCCAAAGUGCAUUUGAAGGUUGCUUUUGAUGACCAUGUGUUCGCAUUUGCCAACCUUGAAGGAUGGAGAAUGGAUGCUUUUAACCGGAAGAAUGGAAUUAAUAUCUCUAAAGACCAUCUUUAUGUGAUGAUAAAGUACGACCGAGUUGAAGUGUUCUUGACGUCCUUAGCAGCAUCUGACUUCUCUGAUAUUUUCUCUACCGUCUCGCGUUUGAUUGAAGAAAAGGAAAAGUCGUAUAAGGAGAUUUUGAAGGAUUCCAACAAAGAGCAUUUAAUGCAAGAGAAGAUCGAUCCCAGUCAAUUGCUUGAAGUCGCCAAAAAACUAGAGACCAAGAUCGAAGUUAACACGGGUAUGACUACUCUUCAGGUAUAUCCACAAUCUCUAGAUGAUAGUAGAGUGCUUGUUGUAUCGUUGGAUACUUCACAGGCCAACUUUGUUCAGAAUGAGUAUUCCCUAGGUAUCAAGAAUGAGGUUGAGCUUCAGCUCAACAACUUAAAUGCGUCAUUAUCUAAUACUGCGGGGGUGAACCCUAAACAAAUCAAGGAUUUUGAAGUCGAACAAUUCGUGGAAUAUGCUAGAAAGUGCAAGGGAGGUAAUAUUCUUGGGUUCCCUAAGUUCAUGAUCUCCAUGAGGACCUACCAGAAGUACAACACCAAUGUGGUUGACUUUUUAUUCCAGUCUUCCUUCUCGGGUGCUGUCGACGUGAGAUGGAAUCUUGGAUCCGUGAAUUUGGUUCGGGAAAUGUACGCUGCCCACAAGAGAGCACUUUCAUCACGAACCGAAUACAAACGAAAGGAGGCGGUGCUACCAGUAAAGGAUGCACAUGAAAUCAAGAGUAAGGUCUUUGAAAAUCAAAAAGACGAAGAACUUGAUCCAAUGACAAUGGUCGAGAAACCUGAAGAUCCAAACGAGGACAUCGUGAACGAUUUGAAUGAAACACUUGAUAAAGUUGCCAAUCAUACGAAGUUCCAGUACGUUGCCAUGGCUCCGCCUGUAAUCGAAGCGCCACAAUUAAAGGAACUUGGGAAUGCUACUCCCCCACUUGAGUGGUUUGGACUACACAGAAAUAAGUUUCCUGAUGCUACACAUCAGUUUGUGAUUGUUACCUUACAGAAGCUCAUUCAUGAGAUCGAACAACAGUACUCCAAGGCAUUAGGAGAUGAUUAA